CUGAUAUAGGAGUGUGUAUAAAAAAGAAACGGGAAAAUGAUACCAUUUAAUUUCGUAUACUUUUUCCUAGCGCAGAUUUUACUUUCCACUGCCAGUGCGCAAAUUAAAAGGGUGAACGUCACUGUAUAUUAUGAGACACUAUGUCCAUUUGCGAAGGAAUUCAUUGUGAAACAGUUGCAUCCAGUGCUUGAAGGAAAUUUAUCAAAUUACAUCAAUCUUAAUAUGAUUCCUUACGGAAAAGCAGUAACCACGGAACAUAGUAAUGGCACUUUCACAUUCGAAUGUCAUCAUAAGGCCGUAGAAUGCUACGGCAACAAAAUCCAAGCAUGCGCCUUAACAAUCAUAAAUUCUGGAAAAAAUACCGAAAAUUUGGGCUACAAUAAAGACACCAUAGACUUCAUAGCUUGCCUCAUGAACGAUCUAACACCACAGUCGACAAGAGAAGAAGUAGACACUUCUGUUGGUUCUUGUAUUGAUGCCGAAACGGCUCCACUUUUGAAAAGUUGUGCCAGUAUGCCAUUUGGUGAACAAUAUCUGGCUUAUCUUGGCAUAUUGACGGAUAGAUUCCAAAGACCGUUGGGAAAUGUUCCAACAAUCGUUUACAAUGAAAAAUUCAGUAAAACAGAAAGCGAUUCAUCCGAGAAAGACUUCCAGAAAACACUGUGUUCGAAACUCGGAAAAAAUACAGGCGCUUGUUCCGGGUCCUCCAUUUCCCACAUCAUCAAUAAUUUGCUAUUCGUUAUGGGACUAUUGGUUUCAGGAUUCCGCAUUGCAACUCAUACAUAAUUAUUGUUACAACCAUAUAGUUUCAACACAAGAACACAAACUGUCCUGAUUAUUAUAUUUCCUACUGAAAAAUCAGUGUUUCUUUAUUUUCGAUUGUUG